GUUACCAUGUCCUUCAUUGUCAAAAAGAAAUUUUUUGCUUUGUUUCUCGUUUCCUCAACACCGAAUCCAAAACGAGAUCCCGGACAAGAUCCAGCUCCUCUAUUCCAUCCAAAAGCAAUCAACAGACGGUUGGUGCAUUUUGCUUGUUGCUAUAGUGCUGAAUUCUGUGACUAGUUUCUUGACACUUAUAAAUCUGUAUAAGCUAUGGAACCACAGCAAGAUGAUUCAUCAUCCUCAACAACUGUUAUAACCCCCGAUAUUCAGCAUUCUGCAUCUAAUGGACAAGAUGCUACUGUACAAGAAACACCAACCAUAUUAUUCUCAUGGGCCAGAAGCCUUAAAAUUCCACUUCCACAACAAUCAGACCAAGAAGAUUCACAGCCUGGAAAUCUAGGAAAAUCAACUUUUGAACGUUUCACAAGUGGAUUAGGUUUACGCUUGUCUCCAAACUCUCCCAUGAAAGAUGAGAGUGCUGAGAGCAACUCAACAGCUCUGCAAUCUGGUGGUCUGGGGUCCUUCACCAAAGGUAUAGUGGACUCAUCCAUGAAUGCAAUAAAAGCUGUGCAGGUCAAGACUCGCCAUAUUGUAUCUCAGAACAAAAGGAGAUACCAGGAAGGUGAAUUUGAUUUGGAUAUGACAUAUAUCAUGAAGAAUAUUAUUGCUAUGGGUUUUCCUGCUGGUCACAUAAGCUCUGGUUUGUUUGGAUAUUUUGAGGGAUUCUACCGGAACCAUAUGGAAGAAGUGAUCAAGUUUUUCGAGACCCAUCACCAGGGAAAAUACAAAGUGUACAAUCUUUGUUCAGAGAGGUUGUACGAUGCAUCAUUAUUUGAGGGAAAGGUGGCUUGUUUCCCAUUUGAUGACCACAACUGUCCUCCAAUCCAACUUAUAACAUUGUUUUGUCAAAGUGCCUACUCAUGGUUGAAGGAGGACACUGAAAACAUAGUUGUUGUUCAUUGUAAAGCUGGUAUGGCAAGAACUGGGUUAAUGAUUUCUAGCCUCUUACUAUAUUUGAAGUUGUUUCCAACCACUGAGGAAUCUAUUAAUUACUACAACCAGAAAAGAUGUGUAGAUGGGAAAGGGCUUGUCCUCCCAAGUCAGAUUAGAUAUGUCAAGUAUUUUGAAUGCAUUCUAAAGAAUUUCAAUGGUGAAAAUCCACCAGCCCGCAGGUGCAUGUUGAGGGGCUUGCGCCUUCAUAAAUGCCCUUACUGGAUCAGGCCUUCGAUUACCAUCUCUAAUCAUAAUGGAGUCCUCUUCUCGACAAAAAAGCAUCCCAAGACCAAAAACCUAAUGCCAGAAGAUUUCUGGUUCAGUUCCAAAAAGAAGGGAAUUCUGCUUUUUGGUUUGCCAGGAGAACCUGGUCUAACAGAGUUAGCUGGUGACUUCAAAAUCCAUUUUCAUGAUCGCCAAGGUGAUUUCUAUUGUUGGUUGAAUACAACAAUGAUAGAAAACAGGAUAAGCUUGAGCACUACUGAAUUUGAUGACUUUGACAAGAGGAAACUACCUUCUCCAGGAUUCCAAGUCGAUAUUGUGAUGAUAGACUAUGAUGGUUCUCUACCUCAGAAGCCUCCAAGCACAGAUGUCAGUAGGGCUGGUGGGAGCUUGGUAACUGAGAGUGCCUCAAGAGAAAGCAGCAAACCAUCUCCUAAAGCAAAUGAGGACUUGGGGAGUCAUGACAAGGAUGAUAUCUUCUCAGACAGUGAUGCAGAAGACACUGGGUCUUCUUCCAGCAGGCAUGCCCAAACAGGCAGUGAUGGCAGAGGACCUGCUAUUUUUGGAGGGUCCAAAAGCAAGGCUUCAGUUAAAGAAACAACAGACAUAGCAAAGGGCAUCAAACAAGUUUCAUUGAAAAAUGAAGGGGUUAAUCAAACCCCUGAUGCUAGAGUGAGAAAUGAAGGAAACAGUGAUAGGAGUUCCUCGAUGUUGGAAGCCCACAGUUUGGAUUCAACUAGUGCAAGUGUAAUCAAGGCAAUUGCUGCUGAUGCUUCUGUCUUCUCCUUUGGUGAUGAAGAUGACUAUGAAAGUGAGUGAUCUAGCCAUCUGAGGUCCUUCAUGUUCUGUGGAUAGGUUGCAUAAUGGGCCAAAAAGUUUGUGAAAUAUGCCUGAUCUCAACUAGGAAAAUCAAUUCAUUUUUUCUUCCAUUUCAUAUAACAUUUCUUAAAAAUUCUUGUCAUGCCAGCUAUAUACAAUUUAUGACUGUUUAAUUGAUUUCA